AUGGCUCAAGAUAUGUCUGGUGUUGAUUCACACCAAAGACGGCAAGGCCUUCUAAAAGAUCAAGUUCGAUUGGUUAAGAAAAAGGAUUCUCAUUAUGAGAUUGUGCCAAUCCAAAGUCCCUUGUCAUUUGAGAAGGGUUUCUUUAUAGUAAUCCGUGCAUGCCAAUUGUUGGCCCAAAAGAAUGAUGGGAUAAUAUUGGUUGGAGUCGCAGGUCCUUCUGGGGCUGGAAAGACUGUGUUCACAGAAAAGAUACUCAACUUUAUGCCCAGUGUUGCUGUCAUAUCAAUGGACAACUACAAUGAUGCCAGUCGGAUUGUUGAUGGCAACUUUGAUGAUCCACGCUUGACGGACUACGACACGUUACUCCAGAAUGUAAAUGACUUAAAAGCAGGGAAGGAAGUUCAGGUUCCAGUUUAUGACUUCAAGUCUAGUUCCCGCACAGGAUUCAGGACAGUUGAAGUCCCAAGCUCUCGGAUUGUGAUCAUUGAAGGCAUCUAUGCUUUGAGUGAAAAGUUGCGGCCUUUCCUGGAUCUACGAGUAUCUGUCACAGGCGGUGUUCACUUUGACCUGGUCAAAAGGGUUUUGCGGGACAUACAAAGAGCUGGCCAGGAACCAGAAGAAAUAAUUCAUCAAAUAUCUGAAACUUCAGCAAAGGACUUGUCAGCGGAUCAGAUUAAGGCUGUCUUUUCUGAAGAUCACACAGAAGCAAAGGAGGAGACUUAUGAUAUAUACCUUCUACCACCUGGUGAAGAUCCAGAAUCUUGCCAAUCAUAUCUGAGGAUGCGGGAUAAAGAUGGGAAAUAUAGUCUAAUGUUUGAGGAAUGGGUGACAGAUAAUCCAUUUGUUAUAUCACCAAGAAUAACUUUUGAGGUCAGCGUGCGACUUCUUGGUGGACUAAUGGCCUUGGGGUACACGAUUGCAACUAUCCUUAAAAGAAGCAGCCAUGUAUUCUCCAAUGAUGGGGUGUGUGUAAAAAUUGAUUGGCUAGAGCAACUAAAUCGUCGAUAUAUUCAGGUGCAAGGAAAAGAUCGUGUACUUGUAAGAUGUGUUGCGGAGCAGCUUGGCUUGGAAGGUUCAUACAUUCCUCGUACCUAUAUUGAACAAAUUCAACUGGAAAAGCUUGUAAAUGAGGUCAUGGCCUUGCCAGAUGAUUUGAAGACGAGGCUUAGCCUAGAUGAGGAUCUUGUUUCAAGCCCUAAAGAAGCACUUUCCAGAGCCUCCGCAGAUAGAGUUGCCAUGAGAAAUAAGCAUCUCAAGAGUGGUAUGUCGCAGUCAUAUACAACCCAAAGGGACAAAAGUACAUCUAAGCUUACAGGAUAUGCUUCCAACAGUCAAAGGUUUGAUGAGAGAAAUUCAGAGUCAUCAGCAACACUAGCAAGCCAGGGAGUAGUUACUCAGCUAUCAGAACAAAUGUCUUCGCUGAAUGAUAGAAUGGAUGAGUUUACAAAUCGAGUUGAAGAGCUAAAUUCCAAGUUGGCUGUGAAGAAAAGUUCUCCUAGCCAACAAAACAUGGCUCUUCAAGCUGAAACCUGCAAUGGCUCUGUUCCCACUUCUUAUUUCAUCUCUGGCUUAGGCAAUGGUUCUUUAACCGGGUCGAUAUUGCCAAAUUCCUCAUCUUCCUCGCAGCUGGCUAAGGAAUCUUCAGUAAUGGAAGAGAUGUCAAGUAUCACACGGGGGCAACGUCAAAUCAUGCAUCAGUUAGACAAUCUCAGCAAUCUUCUCCGGGAAAACAUGGGAGAGAGAAAUCGCCCAGUAAGAACUAACAGCAGGAAAAGCACCAUUGCUCAACCUGAUCAGCCCUUGACAGUUCCUCUUGCAAUAACACUAGCUGUUGGAGUUCUAGGACUUAUCAUAUACAAGGGUAUCUUUACUCGAAAUUGA